AUGGCGCAGCAAAAAAAGAAGAAUGCGUCUGGGGAGGAGCCAGACACAGGCGAAAUAAAAAGGGAUGCGCUCCAUGGACCUAUGAAAUCCCUGGACGCGAAACCGAUCAAGAUGCAACGCUUGCUCUGUCUUGGCGCCGUAAUUUGGGCGAUAACCACGCUCUUCCUGUGGAGGCGUUUCCGCCUCACUUUUGAAAUGAGUGAAGAUCAGCAACCCCUCACACUCUUUUCGGAGAACGCGAUGUAUUAUUCGUACUAUCUGGACGUAAUUCGUGCCCCCUCUUCCCUUCAAGCCAUCGCGACUCUCAUGCGAGAUCAGCGGUCCGAACACCCGACUACGAUUAAUGCUCUCGAGCGCUUCAACAUCUACCCAGCACUGGCACUACGCGAGCACUGGGGAUUGCCGUUUCUCUGGCUGAAUAUGAUAGCCCUCUUCGUCAUGCUGCAACGACACAUGAAGAAAAAUCAACAAGCCAAGGUUGCAGCACUCUUCGGAGUGUGUCUGCUGGGCUAUCCGCUCUCGAUCGUGAUUCGCCGCAUAGUUUCUUUUUACUUACUGUCUUUUGCUUCUGUGUUCCUCCUCAUGUUUGCCCCAAAUUACUUGGCCUUCUCCUUCUUCCCACAUGUCGCAGUGUCGGUGCUCUUCAGUUUAUGGUGCCUCUCGCGUCUUUCCGCCUCCCCGCGCAAUUUUCUCUUCUGGCUCCUAGCAGUGGACUUCCGGAGGGGUGCUGUUGCCGUGGGCGUCUGCGGGCUCAUCCGAUGCGCGCUUAUUCCUUUUGAAAAAGAUGACGCUCACGUAUUUCGCAUUCUGUUGCAUCACCUGGGUCUUUCGGAAAGCACGUUUGACAGCAGCAUUUACAUGCUUGGGCACACAGAGUUUCUUCCUUUGAAUGCCAAUUUGGCGAGCCACAUAAAAUCCUCUGGAGUUCUGUUUUUCUCCUGCCCAAUCGCGGUAAUCGUGAUGAUUUUCCUUGGAAGAGAAAUCUUCCUGCUGCACCGCCUGACCUGCAAAAACUGGAAAGUGUUUCUGCAGUUUGAUGAAGGGCUUGAAGGCUUCAGAGGAGAUGAAAAGCAGAAUGCAGUAGUGCCGGAGGAGACCAAGAGCGAUGAGAGGCUUUCCGAAGAGCAUCGAAAGCUCGAAGCGUUGAUUGGCGAGAAUUUGAGGUUGCGAAAGCCGGCAAAGACUGCAAAGCCUAGCACUGAGGUCGAAAAUGUCUUUGAAGACAACAAGAAGCAGACACCAGACGAGCAGUUCAUAGCAGCCCUGGUUGUGGUGGUUGUCUUUAUACGACUUCAGACGCUGUGCUUCACCGCCUUAAUGCUGCUGAUUGCACGCUUACGCGUUUUGGCGUUGCCUUUGCUUUGCCUGUUUGCCUCACUCAUCGUCUCUGCGGAUUUCUGGCGCGCCUCCAUAGAGCGGCUUCUCUCGGCUGUCUCCUCAAAAAAUAUUCCACCCGGGUCUGGCGUUAUGGGGGACAUGACAACUUCUGCCUUUUUGCGGGCGGCUCUCCCCUCAAUUCGAAUUGUCGUCCAUCCGCAGUACGAAAAUGUCGUAAUCCGAAAGCGGGUGCAGUUGACGUACGGAGGAGCGGCCUGUCCGUCAAUGCCGCUGUACAACCAGCAGCUGAGAGAUGUGUACAAAGUUGACUUCCUUAUUCAAAACAGUUUCCGGUGUGCUGUUCCUCCGAAAGGCCGGACAUCCGUAUUUGACGUUGCGGACAAGAUCGAUGCGUUUAAUUUUAAGUGUCCCGCUGGCACUGCACGGGAACAAAGGUUUUGUUUCCGGACCCUGUUUGAUAAUAACCGCUUUUUCAGUCUGGUGUAUGCAAACGAAGAGUUCUCCAUCCUUCAGCGGCUGGACGAGCCGAUGGUGGAUCAGCUCGCUACCGAGACCCCGACGGCAACCAGCCAGGAGUACUUGUCCUUCAACUGGAAGGAAAAAAUAAUGCAAAAGAGUAGCUGGGAACCGUGGAUCAGACGGUGCAAGAUCGACCCAGAGACAACGGAACAAUACGCUCUUUUCCUCGACUUCAACCUGCAUUCGCCUGCCGCCGCUGAAAAGUACUACCGGAUGGCUGCGUCUACGCAGUCUCCUUCACUGGGUCGAGCGGUACAAUACGCUCUAUACCUUCAGGAGAACAGCAAAGACGAUGAUCUGUACAUUCAGGCUCUAGAUGGCGUUGCAAAUACCGCAUCACUGCUCUCCCUCCCUCGUUCUGAACUUCUGGAGGAAACUGACAAUAUCUGCCGCGGGGCUGUUUUGUUGCAACACAUCGCUGGGGACUCCCGAUAUGAGAUAUCUGCAGCGAAGAGAACUCGCUUCAGCGAAUCCGCCCACAUUUUGUGGCAUAAGGCCCGGGAAAUUAACAUCCAGAGCAGCUGCGUUGUCCGCCACUGGCAACUCUUUGAGGGAACAAAGCUGCGCACGUUUAGGCAAAUCGUUCACUUUCUUGUGGGGGAUAUCUCAGGAGGACUAAAGGCAUGA